UUUAAUGAGAAAUGUCACAUAGACUAAACUUCUUGUUCAUAAGCUAGAAUAUCCUCACUACUAAAUACUUUGAAGAGACUCAAAUUUUCCUUUGUUAUACUUCCUUUUAGGUGUUUCACUUCUGACUAAUUCUUCUUUCAUCCCCUCCAUUCUUUAUGUCCUAUCCUUUCACUGAAUAUAACAUUGAAACUCAGCAUAGGAGCUGUUUUCUCUUAAUAAGAGCUGUUGGUGAUGACAGCAGCAUUUCUAAGGGGAAAAUUCGUUGUUUAAAAGCACGAGCUGUCUUGAUUGACAUGGAGGAAGGGGUAGUAAAUGAAAUUCUGCAGGGUCCAUUGAGAGAUGUGUUUGAUCACAAGCAACUCAUCACUGAUAUUUCUGGCUCAGGGAAUAAUUGGGCUGUGGGUCACAAGAUUUUUGGCAGUCUUUAUCAAGAACAGAUUUUAGAGAAAGUCAGGAAGUCGGCGGAGCACUGUGAUUGUUUGCAGUGCUUUUUUAUAAUACAUUCCAUGGGAGGAGGAACAGGCUCUGGGCUUGGAACAUUUCUUUUAAAGGUGCUUGAAGAUGAAUUCCCAGAAGUAUACAGAUUUGUGACUUCAGUGUAUCCCUCUAGUGAGGAUGAUGUCAUAACCUCACCUUAUAAUAGCAUGUUGGCAAUGAAGGAACUUAAUGAACACGCAGACUGUGUGUUGCCCAUUGAUAACCAAUCUUUAUUUGACAUCGUUAGCAAAAUUGACCUCAUGGUGAAUUCUGGAAAGUUAGGUACAACUAUAAAGCCAAAGAGUGUGGUUACUUCAAGUGCUGGGGUGCUUAAAAGGGGGCAGGAGAAGCCCUUUGAUGCAAUGAACAACAUCGUGGCAAAUUUGCUGCUCAACCUAACAAGCUCAUCAAGGUUUGAAGGAUCACUUAAUAUGGACCUUAAUGAAAUCAGCAUGAAUUUAGUUCCUUUUCCUCAACUUCAUUAUCUGGUAUCAAGCCUAACACCUCUGUAUACACUGACAGAUGUUAGCAUUCCUCCUCGAAGGUUAGAUCAGAUGUUUUCAGAUGCCUUUAGUAAAGAUUACCAACUCAUUCGGGCCGAUCCCAAGCAUAAUCUCUAUCUUGCCUGUGCCUUGAUGGUUAGAGGAAAUGUACAGAUUUCAGAUCUUCGCAGAAAUAUUGAAAGAUUAAAACCUUCUCUACAGUUUGUCUCCUGGAAUCAAGAAGGCUGGAAGACUAGCCUGUGUUCUGUUCCUCCUGUAGGCCAUUCUCAUUCAUUAUUAGCUUUAGCAAAUAACACAUGUGUGAAGCCUACCUUCAUGGAACUGAGAGAGAGAUUCAUGAGGCUUUAUAAGAAAAAGGCUCACCUUCAUCACUAUCUACAAGUUGAAGGAAUGGAGGAAAGCUGUUUUACAGAAGCUGUGUCAUCUUUAUCAGCUCUCAUACAGGAAUAUAACCAUCUGGAUGCCACCAAAAACAUGCCUGUUCAAGGUGUACCUAGACUAAGCAUAGCUGUGUAAAAAGAAAACAUAUUUAUAA